AUGUUUCUGUACAACAUCACCCUGCAGCGUGCCACGGGCAUCACUCACGCCAUCCAUGGGAACUUCUCAGGAACCAAGAUGCAGGAGAUCGUCGUUUCCAGGGGGAAGAUCUUGGAAUUAUUGCGUCCAGAUGCCAACACAGGAAAGGUGCACACGCUGCUCACGGUGGAGGUGUUCGGCAUCGUCAGGUCCCUGAUGGCCUUCAGACUCACCGGAGGAACCAAAGACUACAUCGUCGUCGGAAGUGACAGCGGUCGGAUUGUCAUCCUGGAAUAUCAUCCCUCCAAAAACAUGUUUGAGAAGAUCCACCAGGAGACGUUUGGGAAGAGCGGCUGCCGGCGCAUCGUCCCCGGACAGUUCCUGGCCGUCGAUCCAAAAGGCAGAGCUGUUAUGAUAGGAGCCAUCGAGAAGCAGAAGCUGGUUUACAUUCUGAACAGAGACGCAGCCGCCAGACUGACCAUCUCGUCUCCGCUGGAAGCCCACAAAGCCAACACGCUGGUCUACCACGUGGUGGGAGUCGACGUCGGCUUUGAAAAUCCCAUGUUCGCCUGCCUCGAAAUGGACUACGAGGAAGCCGACAACGACCCCACGGGAGAAGCCGCCGCCAACACGCAGCAGACGCUCACCUUUUACGAGCUGGACCUCGGCUUGAAUCACGUGGUUCGCAAAUACAGCGAGGCUCUGGAAGAGCACGGCAACUUCCUCAUCACCGUUCCUGGUGGUUCAGACGGACCCAGCGGAGUUCUGAUCUGCUCCGAAAACUACAUCACAUACAAGAACUUUGGAGACCAGCCUGACAUCCGCUGCCCCAUCCCACGACGCAGGAACGACCUGGACGACCCGGAGCGCGGCAUGAUAUUUGUCUGCUCAGCCACCCACAAGACCAAGUCCAUGUUCUUCUUCCUGGCCCAGACCGAGCAGGGAGACAUCUUCAAGGUUACCCUGGAAACGGACGAAGAAAUGGUCACAGAAAUCAGGCUGAAAUACUUUGAUACGAUCCCCGUGGCAACAGCCAUGUGUGUCCUGAAGACUGGCUUCUUGUUUGUGUCUUCAGAGUUUGGAAACCACUACCUUUACCAGAUCGCCCACUUGGGCGACGAUGACGAGGAGCCGGAGUUCUCCUCUGCGAUGCCCCUGGAGGAAGGAGACACCUUCUUCUUCCAACCCCGGCCCCUCAAGAACCUUGUCCUGGUGGACGAACAGGAGAACUUAUCUCCCAUCAUGUCCUGUCAGAUUGCCGAUUUGGCCAACGAGGAUACACCACAGCUGUACGUCGCCUGUGGACGAGGACCCCGGUCUACUCUGAGGGUCCUUAGACAUGGAUUGGAGGUGUCAGAGAUGGCUGUGUCCGAGCUGCCCGGUAACCCCAACGCUGUGUGGACGGUACGCAGACACGUGGAAGAUGAAUUUGACGCCUACAUCAUCGUGUCUUUCGUGAACGCCACCCUGGUCCUCUCCAUCGGGGAGACUGUAGAGGAAGUGACAGAUUCUGGAUUUCUGGGAACGACGCCUACCCUCUCCUGCUCGCUGCUCGGCGAAGACGCACUCGUACAGGUGUACCCAGACGGUAUCCGCCACAUCCGAGCAGACAAGCGUGUGAAUGAGUGGAAGACUCCCGGCAAGAAAACCAUCGUCCGCUGCGCUGUGAACCAGAGGCAGGUCGUUAUCGCGCUCACCGGAGGGGAGCUGGUCUACUUUGAGAUGGACCCGUCCGGCCAGCUGAACGAGUACACCGAGCGGAAGGAGAUGUCUGCAGACGUGGUCUGUAUGAGCCUGGCUAACGUCCCGCCUGGUGAGCAGCGUUCGCGAUUCCUGGCCGUGGGACUGGUCGACAACACCGUCCGAAUCAUCUCCCUGGACCCUUCGGACUGCCUGCAGCCGCUCAGUAUGCAGGCCCUCCCCGCCCAGCCGGAGAGUCUGUGCAUCGUCGAGAUGGGAGGGGUGGAGAAACAGGACGAACUCGGAGAAAAGGGAACCAUCGGCUUCCUCUACCUCAACAUCGGGCUUCAGAACGGUGUGCUGCUCAGGACGGUGCUGGACCCGGUUACCGGUGACCUGUCGGAUACCAGAACACGAUACCUGGGCUCACGGCCCGUCAAACUCUUCAGAGUCAGGAUGCAGGGACAGGAAGCUGUGCUGGCGAUGUCCAGUCGCUCCUGGCUCAGCUACUCGUACCAGUCUCGCUUCCAUUUGACCCCCCUGUCAUACGAGACCCUGGAGUACGCCUCUGGCUUUGCCUCCGAGCAAUGUCCUGAAGGCAUAGUCGCCAUUUCCACUAACACACUGAGAAUCUUGGCUUUGGAGAAGUUAGGAGCCGUCUUCAACCAGGUGGCCUUCCCUCUGCAGUACACUCCCAGGAAAUUUGUAAUCCACCCGGAGACCAACAACCUCGUUCUGAUCGAGACCGACCACAACGCGUACACCGAGGCCACCAAAGCUCAGAGGAAGCAGCAGAUGGCCGAGGAGAUGGUGGAAGCUGCCGGCGAGGACGAAAGGGAGCUGGCUGCCGAGAUGGCCGCCGCCUUCCUCAACGAGAAUCUCCCGGAAGCCAUUUUCGGCGCGCCUAAAGCCGGAUCGGGACAGUGGGCCUCGCUGGUGCGCCUCGUCAACCCCAUACAGGGCUCAACGCUGGACCAGGUGCAGCUGGAGCAGAACGAAGCUGCGUUCAGCGUUGCAGUGUGUCGCUUCCCCAACACAGGAGACGAUUGGUACGUCCUGGUGGGCGUCGCCAGAGACAUGAUUCUCAACCCCAGAUCGGUGGGCGGCGGCUUCAUCUACACCUAUCGGCUCGUCUGCGGAGGCGAGAAGUUGGAGUUUGUGCACAAGACCCCCGUAGAGGACGUCCCUCUGGCUAUCGCGCCGUUCCAGGGACGAGUCCUGGUGGGAGUCGGGAAGCUGCUGAGGAUCUAUGACCUGGGAAAGAAGAAGCUGCUUCGAAAGUGUGAGAACAAGCACGUUCCCAACCUGGUGACCGGCAUCUACACCAUUGGCCAGCGUGUGAUCGUGUCCGACGUCCAGGAGAGCCUGUUCUGGGUCCGCUACCGACGCAACGAGAACCAGCUCAUCAUCUUCGCCGACGACACGUAUCCGCGAUGGGUGACCACGGCCUGCCUGCUCGACUACGACACCAUGGCCUCCGCUGACAAGUUCGGCAACAUCAGCAUCGUGCGUCUGCCCCCCAACACCAGCGACGAUGUGGAUGAAGACCCCACAGGAAACAAAGCCUUGUGGGACAGAGGCCUGCUGAACGGAGCAUCCCAGAAAGCCGAGGUGGUGGUGAACUACCACGUAGGCGAGACGGUGUUAUCUCUCCAGAAAACCACUCUGAUCCCCGGAGGGUCGGAGUCCCUGGUCUACACCACUCUGUCCGGAGGCAUCGGCAUAUUGGUCCCGUUCACCUCGCACGAGGAUCACGACUUCUUCCAGCAUUUAGAGAUGCAUAUGCGCUCCGAGUUCCCUCCACUGUGCGGCAGAGACCAUCUCAGCUUCAGAUCGUACUACUUCCCAGUCAAGAAUGUGAUCGACGGAGAUCUGUGCGAGCAGUUUAACAGCAUGGACCCUCACAAGCAGAAGAGCGUGGCAGAGGAGCUGGACAGAACGCCGCCAGAGGUCUCCAAGAAACUUGAGGACAUUCGCACUCGCUACGCCUUCUAAAACCGCACACACACCUUCACGCGUUUCAGAUCAUGACGCGCACAGAUCCUGCUGUGCCGCGUUUUACGGAAAAGGACAGACUGACAGACGCGUGUGGAUUUGUUAAAUGACUGACUGUGGACAAACACCUUCUCACACGGACAAACCGCAAAACAUCGCUCGCCUGUGAUUCCCGUACAACGUUCAAUUAUGACGCUGCAGCAGCAUUCAAACGUGCGUAAACAUCGGCCCACGCGGCAGUGUCGACUGUAACCUCGUCACCACCUCGCUUCACACCUCGUCUGCUGUUGAAUCAGCAGAAACCACACACACACACACACACUCAAACAGCCACACAUAACACGGAAACAUGACGGCAGCCCUGACUCUGCUCGAUUGUGUUCCCACAGUCGCACACGUCAAAGUGUGAACAGAAUUCACACGCACUCCGUUGGCUUAAGAGCAACCGCGCGGUUUCGAACCCGAAACAUCUGUCGUCUGCGAGCGAGCCAAUGCGUUUUAUGUCAAAUGUAAAACAUAAAACAUAUUUUACCGUCUGUUGUUUAGCGAGAAGGCGUCUCUCACUUAGUUUGUCCUCUUUGAUGUCGACAUGUUUUUCUAUGAUUUUUAUUUUUUAAUGUGUAUCGAUUUAGAAUGAUCUUCUGAUGCAUCAACCAUCAUGAAGAUGGGAUGAUUAAAUAUUUCUCAGCCCCUGGUUGCCCACCUGUCUGUCCCGAUAACACGUCGGGGCUCAUUAAAAGCAUAUUGCUUACUUGCAAACAGAAGCAGACCUCCAACCCACUCUAAGCCUCAGGCCACAGGGUCAAGAAGCGUUGCCACGCUGUGGGAUUAGACGACAGUUGAACUCAGACUAAAUAAGUGGGUGGAAGAACACUGAAGGUUUGCACUGGGUGUUGUUCUUCUCAGGCCUGUAAAUUCCCAACCUCAGCCACAAGCACAGACAUAGCAUUCCUCAGCAGUCACUGAAUUGUCGGGGUUUGUGGGCUCGGGGGGCAGUGGUCUGUUUUUGUAAAUAAAGUUGUUUUUUUGUGUGUGUGCUUUAUAAUA